GGGACCAGGGACAGCAGCAGUGAUGAGGUGGAUGGUGAGAGCCUGUUUGAUGACACAGAGUUUGUUCGGAACCGUAAAGAGCGAUCCACUGUCUUGGUGAGGCGGUUCUACAAGAAUAACCAGAAGGCCUACUACGUUCUUUUCUGGGGCAUGAAUAGCGACAACAGAGCCAAGUCGUGUGGAGGAGACUGGGAGGCUCUCGGUCCAUUGCAAGUCGCCAGUGUCAACCACGCCGGACUUGAUCUGAACUCCGGCCCUAAUCACUGCUACUACCAUCCUUCUCGUCCUCCCAGCACUCCUAGAGACCACAGUGGCUCUCGGUGCCCGCUCUGCGCUCCAUUGUCCUUUGCCCCAGUGUCCCAGCAGCCACGCUGUGCUGAAAGCUCUCUUUGUUCUUCUUCAUGUGAUCAUUCAGAGCGUCAGCUGGCCAACAGCAUGAGCAGCAGCAGCUCUCUUCCUCCCAGUGUCAGUGGGAUCAGUAAGGAGCUGGCAGAACUGCGCCACCUUGUUCAGUUUCCAGAGGAGAUUGCCUGUAUUCUCACUGAGCAAGAGCAGCAGCUUUACCAGCAGGUCUUCCCUUUGGACUACCUCUGUUUCCUAACUCAAAACCUGGGCAGUCCGGAGUGCCAAACCAAGCGGCACCAAAACUUGAAGGCGUCACUGUCGGCGCCCACCAUGCCUUCUCAGAGUGCACGACGAAGUAAUGCUGUGGAGGACCUGGUGGCACGCUUUAACGAGGUAAGUUCGUGGGUGACGUGGCUGGUUCUUACAGCAGGGUCCAUGGAGGAAAAGAGAGAAGUGUUCUCAUAUCUCGUCCAUGUUGCUAAAUGCUGUUGGAACAUGGGAAACUACAAUGGUGUCAUGGAGUUCUUGGCUGGGCUCAGGUCUCGCAAGGUGCUGAAGAUGUGGCAGUUUAUGGACCAGUCAGAUAUUGAGACCAUGCGAAGUUUAAAGGACGCCAUGGCUCAGCAUGAGUCCUCUUCUGAAUACAAGAAGCUUGUGACCAGAGCUCUUAACAUCCCAGGUUGCAAGGUAGUGCCAUUCUGUGGAGUUUUUUUAAAGGAGCUAAGUGAUGCAUUGGACGGCACAGCAAGCAUCAUAAGUCUCAAACAAUCUACUGAUAAUACUGUGGACUCUAUAGAGUUUGUGUCCGACUACAGUGGCCAGCACAAUUUCAUGUCACGAUCUGGUCCAGACGGUCUUCACGUCCCAGAGAAAGAGGCUACUGUUAGCAACAUCCUGCAAAUUAUCAGAUCUUGUAAUCGAAGUUUGGAGGCAGAGGAUCCUGAUGACACCUCCACCAGUCCUUCUUCGGCUGGCCAAUCUUUUGCUUUCAGAAGCAACUCCUUCAAGGACCGCUGCCGCAAUCAAUUCACAGUUGGGGACCUGUCGGACUCAGAUGGGGAUUUGUCGGUUGAGCCUGUGGUGAAAGAGGUUGAAUUUCAGGGGACUGAGGAGACGCACAGAGCUUUUAGCCAUGGCAUUGAGCUCAUUCCUUGGUACGUGUUGUCACUUCAACCAGACAUUCACCAGUUCCUGCUGCAGGGGGCUACUGUUAUUCACUAUGACCAGGACAGCCACCUCACAGCCCGCUGUCUGCUGAGACUGCAGCCAGACAACACAACACUCACCUGGGGUAAGCCUCAAAGUGGAGGAGGCUCCCCUGUAGAUCAGCCACUGGCGUUAGGACAGCCUGUAGCAGCUGGCCUAGCAGAAGGCCUGAUGGACCUGGGAGUGGUGAAGGCAGUGUUUCUGGGUCAUCAGGGAGUUGACGUCCAUGCUGUAUGUCUGCAAAACAAGCUGAGCCAAAUGACUGUUGAGGAGAAUGGCCUUACCUUUCUCUAUGGUCUCAGUACCACUGAUAACAGACUCCUGCACUUUGUUGCGCCAAAUCACACGGCACGGAUGCUCCACAAGGGCCUGUCAGAGCUGGUGAGCGCAACCAGGAAAUUGAAGAAGUUUCCAGACCAAAGACUGCAGUGGCUAAGGAGGCAGUAUGUCUGUUUGUAUCAGGAGGAUGGUAGGUAUGAAGGGCCUACGCUAGCUCAGGCCAUUGAGCUUUUUGGAGGGCGGAGGUGGAACAUGAGUACAGGUGGUGUUGAGAAACCUGGCACCCAGAAAAACAAUGUCAAUGAUAAGUCCAAGAAGAAGAAGAAAACACUUGUUAGGGGAGACAGUGGGGACGCCACUGAUGAUGAGAUGGUUUCCAGAAAGACACGGAGUUGUAAAGAGGCACUGUAUCGUAAUGGUCCAGAGUCCGACAGCAUUGACCAGGAAGAUCCAGAUGACACCUUCCCUGGACCAUUUUCCCCCUCCUGCAGUAAAAGCCCAGGACUGUUAGCCUCCUCUUCUUCUUCAUCCUCUUCUUCCAGUAUGACAGGGUCCAACCACUGUCGUCCACAAUCAUCUCCAACUAUUUCAGGACCCUCAAAGUCACAGCCAGGGACAUGGAGCAGCAGAUCCUGGCAUGGCCAAGGUAAAGGCUGUUUCAAAAGCUUUCAGAAUCUCAUGAUUUCUGACAGCACAAUGAGCUUCAUUGAAUUUGUGGAGCUUUUCAAGUCUUUCAGUAUUCGAAGCAGGAAGGACCUGAAAGAGCUGUUUGACAUCUUUGCUGUCCCCUGUAGUCGCUCAUGUCCUGAAUCGUCCCCACUUUACACAAACCUCAGGAUUGAUGACAAAGACACAGGGCUACAGCCUGACCUUGAUUUACUGACCCGCAAUGGUUCUGAUCUUGGCCUGUUUAUCCGAACGAGGCAGCAGAUGUCUGACAACCAGAAGCAGAUCUCUGAUGCCAUAGCAGCUGCCAGCAUUGUGACCAACGGUACAGGAGUGGAGAAUGCGUCAUUAGGUGUACUGGGAUUGGCUAUCCCUCAACUCAAUGAUUUUUUAGUCAACUGUCAGAAAGAGCACCUGAGCUAUGAUGAGAUCCUCAGCAUUAUCCAGAAAUUUGAGCCCUCAUCGACCUUGAAACAAAUGGGUUGGAUGUCAUUCGAAGGUUUUGCAAGGUUUCUAAUGGACAAAGACAACUUUGCUUCUCAUAAUGAAGAGUCUCAGAUAAAUCCAGAGGAACUGCAGUACCCUCUUUCAUACUAUUACAUAGAGUCCUCUCACAACACUUAUCUGACUGGGCACCAGCUCAAAGGAGAGUCCUCUGUUGAGCUUUACAGUCAGGUGCUGCUACAAGGCUGUAGGAGUGUUGAGUUGGACUGCUGGGAUGGAGAUGAUGGGAUGCCUGUUAUAUACCAUGGACACACACUCACGACUAAGAUUCCAUUUAAGGAUGUGGUGGAAGCAAUUAACCGCUCUGCAUUUAUCAACUCUGACAUGCCCGUCAUCCUUUCAAUAGAGAACCACUGUUCCCUUCCACAGCAGCGCAAGAUGGCUGAAAUCUUCAAGACGGUGUUUGGGGAGCGUCUUGUGACACGAUUCCUGUUCGAAAGCGACUUCAGCGAUGACCCUCACCUGCCAUCCCCCCUGCAGCUUCGUGGGAAAAUCCUUCUCAAGAACAAAAAGCUCAAAGCUCAUCAAGCACCUGUGGACAUACUCAAACAGAAGGCUCACCAGCUGGCCCACAUGCAGGCCCAGGCAAGCAACGGGUCACCGGGGGUUACUUCACCUAGCAACCACACCAAUGAGGAAGAGGAGGAAGAAGAAGACGAAUAUGAUUAUGACUAUGAGUCUUUAUCAGAUGCUGAUGUCCUCACAGCCUCUACUGCCUCGUAUGGCCUUGAAGAUAACAUUCUGGAUGACAAGCCAGAGGGUAAGAGCUCAGCAGACAAAGAAGAGCAACCUGUUGAUGAAAUGCCUAAAAGGAUGAAAAAGCCAGACAGCACAGUGCCGAGCAAAGGAAAGGUGUUUGACAUGGAGCUUGGCGAGGAGUUUUACCUCCCUCAGAACAAGAAGGAGAGCCGACAGAUCGCCCAGGAGCUGUCUGACCUUGUCAUCUACUGCCAGGCUGUGAAAUUUCCUGGCUUGUCUACACUUUCUCCGGCCGGCUCUGGUCGAGCAAAGGAUCGAGGAAAAAGCAGGAAGUCCAUAUUUGGCACAGCUCCUUCUCGUUGCAGCACAACAGGGGAGGUCAUGACCCAGAGCCGCACUACUGGGAAAGGUGCUUCGGAGCGACUCAGCUGGGAGGAGACGCAAGCAUCCCCGAUCCUUAGCACCCCCACGUCGCUCAGCUCCAUCAUCCGCACUCCAAAGUGCUACCACAUCUCAUCGGUCAAUGAGAACGCAGCCAAGCGGCUGUGCCGCCGCUACUCUCAGAAGCUGAUACAGCACACGGUGUGCCAGCUACUCAGGACGUACCCAGCAGCCACCAGGAUCGACUCCACAAACCCCAACCCUCUGCUUUUCUGGCUGCAUGGAAUCCAGCUGGUGGCUCUUAACUAUCAGACUGAUGACCUGCCAAUGCAGCUGAACACAGCACUGUUUGAGGCCAAUGGUGGCUGCGGCUACGUGCUGAAGCCUGCGGUGCUUUGGGAUCGCUGCUGUCCUCUUUAUCAGCAACUCUGUCCGAUGGAGAGGGACUUUGAGAAAAUGAGCCCUGCUGCCUACUCCUUCACUAUUGUAUCUGGUCAGAAUGUUUGUCCGGGGAACAGCUCUGGCAGCCCGUGCAUCGAGCUGGACCUUCUGGGCAUGUCCGUCGACAGCUGCCACUUCCGUACCAAACCAAUUCACCGCAACACCCUCAACCCCAUGUGGAGUGAGCACUUUCAGUUUACCGUGCAUUUCGAAGACAUGUGUUUCCUACGACUUGCAGUGGUGGAGAACAACAGCUCGCAGACCACUGCUCAGAGAACCCUGCCUCUGAAAGCUCUCAAACCAGGUUACAGGCAUGUUCAGCUGAGAACGCAGCACAAUGAGCCUCUUGAAGUUUCAAGCUUGUUGAUCUACAGCCGCAGAACAGAGGAAGGUCCCACGGGGGGCGCCACUCCCUCGUCUCUGCUGUUCAGCUCAGAGGAGAGGCAUGUUUCCCAGCAGCAUAGGGUGACGGUGCAUGGAGCCCCUGGCCCUGAGCCCUUCACAGUUUUCUGUAUCACAGAGCAGUCUAGUGCCAAGCAGCUGUUGGACAUGGUAGUUGCAUCAGUAGGAAACCCAUCAGAGUACUUUCUGUGUGAGGAGAAGCUUCCUCUGUUGAAGGAGCGCAGUGAGGUGAAGCGGUGCGCUCAGUAUCGAUCCCUAGCACCGGAGGAAGAGGUGGUCCGGCUCGUCUGUAGCUGGGACACAGAGGAGGGCUAUGUGGGGAGGAUCUGCCUCAAAACUAGAGAGGAGGCACAGAGUUUGAAUGAAACGGUUCUGGAAAGAGAAGAGGACGUGUUUGUGGGAGGGAAAGAAGGAGGAACAGGAGGAUGCGGAGAGGACGAUAUGUUCUUUGUUCAGGUCCAUGAAGUUUCACCAGAACAGCCUCACACUGUGAUAAAGGCCCCUCGGUACAGCACUGCUCAGGACAUCAUACAACAGACACUAACAAAGGCAAAGUAUUCCUACAGUAUCCCGUCUAAUCCCAAUCCUGGUGACUAUGUGUUGAUGGAGGAAGUGACCAAAGAUGCCGGCUCUAAAAAGUCCUCCACCACCAAACCCCUUCAGCGGGUGCUGUUGGACCAUGAGUGUGUGUACCAAGCUCAGAACCGCUGGCGAGGCGUGGGAAAGUUCAUUCUUAAACUCAAAGAGCAGGUUGUGCGGGAGGACAAAAAGAAAGUCAUGUCCUUUGCUAGCGAGCUGAAGAAGCUGACCAGUCGCAGCCGCAGCAUGACGACUGGCAUUGGAAUGGACGGCCCUGCCCAGAGCAAUAGAGGGUAUCUGUCUGCAGCCGCAGGUCUGAAGGCGUGGGCGGGGGCUGAAAGGACCCUACAGGUCUCCUCCCCCUCACCUUCCUCCUCCAUUAUGGAGCAGGUCCAACCUCUUUACCUUCCCACCUCUUCUCUAACCCCCUUAGUCUGGAAAUUUCACCUCCUCAGAAACUGGAAGAUCCACAAAUGAGAUCCAGGAUGACAGAAAUUCACUGACCACUUCUAAACUCGGAGGGUUCCCCUUUUCGACUGGAGGCAAAGUGUUUCCAUAAGGGUAUGAGAAAUUGUGGACUUCUGCUCCUCUCACGAUCUUAUUGGGUUUGGAUCCUGAUCGUGUUAGUUCACAAGUAAAUGACAGGUAAGGGGUUGACUGUCCAGCACCAUGGCUUGGUUUAGUGAUACAAGGGAGCUUGGGAAUCAGACCCAGGAUCAGCGGUGAGAUCAUGUGGGCAUGUUGAUCAAGAUCUUCUUAGUUUAUUGCCUGUGGCUCCACUUGGGUCCAGAGCACCAGGGGCAGUUGUUGUUACUCAAGUCUUCAGGGACAUCAAAUAGCACUAAAUUGUUCCUCCUGUUUCUUUAAAACAGAAGAAAAUAUCUAACUUUCCCUGAGUCACAUUCAAAGUAAAGGUUUGAGUUUGCUUUAUGUGCCAGUUCUUUUUUUUAUGUCAUCUUAUUUGUUUUCAAUCACCCAGAUGAGCUGCUAAACAGACCUUUGGAUUAGGUGACCACUUUUGGAGAGUUAAAUGUCUUUUCUUUUUAAUGAAAGUUCAAAUAUGGCUCCAAAUGAUAAUAGUGUUUCAAACACAUGGUACCCUCUCCUCACUUUCUCUGGGAGUCUUUCAUUUUCUGCAUUUAGGGCAUGACUAAUGGAGCAUCUUAUCAUCACAGCAUCUCUGUGUGAAGAAGCUGUGUUGAUCCGCACGUGUUGAGUGGCCAUCGCUCGGAAAUUUGUGGCAUUUAGGCUCGCUCGUGAUAUCGUUUAGUCCACGGUUGUGGAAUGUUUGAGCCAUCAGCUUUGUCAAAAAAAACUAUAAUCGAAGCCUGUGUUUCUGGGUUUCCAGCGGAACCUGUGGGUCUCUGGUCAAUGUUUGAACAUAGCUCUUAGUCUGUGCCCCCCUCAUUUAAUAUACAACCAAAAAACAAAAAAAAGUAGAGCUGAGCAGUACCGUGUACUGGGAUAGCAGCAUUUUCUUGUCAGAAAAGUAUAAGUCGUACUUCGGCUGUCCUUGUAAAUUUAGAAAACGCAUUUUUCUGCUUGACAGAAUUGAGCAUCUGGCAGUUGUAGGGAGAUCAGCGUGGAUAAACUGAAGGAGAGUGUGAGUGGUAGGUGGUAGAGGACAUUGUGAAGGAGGCUGACCAGCGGACUUGUUUGGUUCUGCUCUGGCUGUUCCAGUUUGGCAGGCACACGAGGCAGAGCAGUGGCCUACUGACACAAACGGGCCCUUUAUGAAAAUUUCACACUGUUUUUGAAAGCUUUGCUCAGUUUACCAUCAUUGCACUAAAAGUGACAAAACAAAGGCAGCAUUUUAAUGCGCAAUACACACCUAUGGAAACGCCUCCAAUCACAGUGGCGCCACUUUGCUGGAAAAUGUUGCAACACUGCCUCAAAUUUGUUCAAAUUUUUAAGUUGUCUUUAAACACGAUUGGCUCUCUUCCACAAAGUUUCUUCGUGCUGUCACAACAGAUUUAAAAUAUUCCACUAAAGGCAUCUUCUGUGGGUUAAAACAGAACGUAAUAAUUCUAAUUCUAAACAUUUUUAUUAGAUGAUAAAAACAUGGGGGGCCAGCACAGAAAUUUCCUUAAAUCUGAGCAGAAAACUGAUUCCAGGCUUCUUACCAGACCUGAUGGGUAAAUCAGCUUAAGUAAACCUACAAUUUAAUCCUUGAUUCAGCUGCAAAAGGGGUGAUUUCAGCUCUGCUAUCCUUUGUGGAAACACUGUGAUGCUCUCAGUAUUUUGCACAUUUUGUUUUUUGCUGUCGUGUUGAGUUAAUUUGUGUUCUUGUUGUUGAGUGGUCAGAAUGUCUGUUAUGACCAUCUCAUUUGUAACUUUUAAUUUCAGCCCAGUUGUGGAAUAAUUAUUUUGCAGGUGAGCUGUUUGUAGCAGUGUGUCGUCCAAGCCCGAGUUUUAAAGUACUUGACACAAAAAUAUAAUGAAUUACAUUUCACUUUAACCCAUUAGCUGUGGAUUACUACUCUGUGUAAUGACAGCAGUAUUUUUACACACGUGGAACACGGUUAUUGAUUGCUUGAUGGUGAUCGUAUUUUUAAUUUUAUUUUUAAAGUUUUCAAAAUGUUCUUUAUUUAUCAGUCAGAAUGUAAAACGCAACCAACUGGGGCUACUUUUCCCCUUUAUCUGCUUUCAUCAGUGACAUUUCCAUAUUAGAUAAAUUACUUACGGUGUUCCUUAUGAAUAUUGUUGUAGUUUUGUUUAGAAUUUGUGUAUUUAGUACAUUAGAUUUUGUGAAACCCAACUUCAAGGAAAAGCUUUUGGUCAGUGAUCGGGAAAGAACUUCAGAUGUAUUUACUUUUAAGCUCUCAGCUGCCUGACUGCAGUAUGAAUCAUCUGUUCUUCUAUUUUUUUUCUGUAACGGAUUGCUUAAAAUCCUCCCAGUGAGCCUCUCAAUUGACAUGUUUUAAACAAAUUCCUACUGAAUUAAAUUUAUUAGGAAGAUGUACAUUUUAAUCCACAUUCCAAUGAUUUAUUCAGGAUACUGAUAUUAAGGAAAAUAUGGCCAAAAUCCCCAGACAUUUUUUUUCUUUUGAAUAAAUCAACCUCCCAAGUAAUGAGUUUGAAUAUUUGUGCAAUAUUGAAGUUGUGUCACUUCAACUCUUCAAUAGUCUGCAAAUUACUGACGUUUUCCGCUUUUGGUUUUAAACUGUUGGCCUUGACUUGUUGUUUCAAUUUGUCAGAAUCAAUAUCAUUCAUGCUCAGAGAUUAUCAUCUGCUGGUGGUGAGGUAGUGGGGAGCUCCGGUCCCUGAGGCUUAUUGUAAUUAAGGUAGAUGAGACCCAGAAACCACAACUUCAUGUCAGUGAUAAUGAAGCUGUAAUCCUUUUAUCCUGAAGGGCUUCUGUUAUUAUUAUGGAUUAGAGUUGAAACACGGAGAAAUGCCAUUAUGUCAAGCAAAAGAUAAUUCUUCAUUAAAUGGUCAUUACCCACAGCUCCCCUGUCUGGAUGAAAGCGAUAACAGCUCCUGUAGGUGUGUGAAAUCCACACUGCAGGAAGUUUCUAUUAAACUGUAAAUCUGUGAGCAAUCUGCUUCAUCACACCACCAUGUCUUGUUUUCCUUCUACUUAAACUGUAGACCUCAUUUCUGAAUGUAACAUUUCUUACAACCUGAGACGACUGUGUGUUUGGACGUUAUUUAUUUCAAUGUGAAGCCCUGGUUGGCAGUUAUCUUUUUCGUCUGUUUAAGUUCCUGUAAGUAGUUUUAAGUGUUUUUAUUUAUUUCAGUAUGAGAAAGGGUGAAUCCUACUGCCCUGAUUUUACUCAACUUAUUUAGAAAUGUAAAGAAAUAUUUUACUUUAUGUGUAAAAUAUUGUGUAGUAUUCAUACUUGUGGCAUAUUAUCCUGCAAUAAACAGCACCAUUUAAACUCUUUAGCUGUUCAUCAAAUGUGGAGAAACUUAGGCUGUUUUGCAUUUUGUUGUUAGAAUUAUAUCCACUGUAUGACUUGUUUGCCAACAGUCAGCUGUUGCACCUUUAGCACUGUUUGCAGAAGAAGUCCAUUACUGCCUGUAACAUCUGUAAGACGUGACUGUUAAGUAAACAUCUGUCUAUUUACUUGAAUUUUGACAUGAAUGAUAACUGGUGGAAUUGUCAUAUAGCAGGAUCACAAUAAAAUAUAGAAAGGUUUAACCAUG